AUGACACCUAAGAAGAUGAUGAAAAUGGCAAGGAGAUGGCAAAAGGAGGCUUUAAAAAGUGGUUCUCACGACUUGGAAACAAACAAGGGUCACUUUGUCGCUUACACUACUGACAAUAGUCGUUUUGUUAUGCCUUUGCAUUAUCUAGAGAACAAUGUUUUCUUGGAGCUUUUAAGGAUGUCCGAGGAUGAGUUUGGGCUACCAAGGAAUGGGCCUAUCACUCUGGCUUGCGAUUCCAUCCUUAUGAAAUACUUGGUUGCCGUUUUUGAACGUGGUUUCAAUGAAGAUUUGGAGAAGGCUUUGAUAGUUUCUGUUGUUUAG